AUUUCAUGUACGCUUCUGAUUGAAAACAAGAUCAAUGGUACUGAUAUUAUCACUUUAUACUAACUAGAAAUUUUGUCAGUAUUGACAUUUUUUGGCUGUAUAGUGUUUGACAUCUUGAAAAGGAAAACAUAAAGAGUAAAUAUAGUCAAAAUGAAUAGCGGUAAGAAUCCCCAACGAACAUCAAUACCAACCAGUGCAGGCCAAUCAGCCAGAUCAAUACCCAUAUCACAAAUGGGACGUCUUCCCAGAUCUCGAUCACGUACAGCAAUCAGAAGAUCUACCAGAUCUGUAAGUGUCCCUGUAGCAGACGCCCAUAAUCUGGAGCACUACAUUUUUAUUCCCCCUGAUGGUGGUUAUGGCUGGGUCAUUGUAACAGUGGCAUUUGUAGCCAAUUUUUUAAUAGAUGGCGUUACCUAUACGUUCGGUAUUUUUCUGAGCGAACUCAGUGCCGAAUUUAAAGUACACCCGACCCAAGUAGCUUUAAUUACUUCCUAUAUGGGUGGAUUUUAUUAUUUAACAGGACCUAUAGCCUGUGCUUUAUGCAACAGAUUUGGAUUCAGAUUCGUUGGUCUCAUGGGAGGAAUAACAUCAGCAGGAUUAUUUACUGUUGCCAGUUUUUCGCACGAUUUUUUUGUUUUCACCAUUCUAAUGGGCGUUUGUACUGGAAUGGCAUUUAAUUUUAUUUACACGCCAGCUUUACUGGUCGUUGGAUUUUAUUUCGAAAGCUAUCGCGCGUUGGCUACGUCCAUUUCUGUAACUGGCACUUCUUUUGGUAUCAUGGUUUUCCCUAUCAUUUUUGAAAAUAGUAAUUUGUUGGGUCAGUUUGAUUGGAGAUGGAAAUUUAGAAUUAUUUCUGGAUCGUUUUUGGUCCUUUCUUUUCUGGUCCUGGCUUUCCGACCGAUACCGCCGACAAAAUUACUGGAGCAAACGCCUUUCAAGUUAGAAAGAGAUUCGUCUGGAUCGCUCCAAAUGGAGCAGAACGAGUCUAGAGUGACUGCGACUAGUACAGGGGUAGUUAAGAGGAUUUUCGAUCAGUACCAUAACGCCGUGUUUCCGACAGUGGCGGAGUACGCUGCUACUUUAGAACAGCAGCACCCUAGGACUAAGCUGGACGAGCCGUUCACUUUUUUGGCAAUUUUACCCGAAUUGAGUGGUUCAGGCAGUAUUUACAGAGGAUCGGCAGACAGCUCCAUCUAUUUGGAUCAACUUUCAUUAAUGUCGUCUUAUCAAACUCAGGGAUUUUGGAAGAACUUAUUCGCAUGUUGUAAAGGCGGGUUUCUAGGAGAAAAACUAGGUUGCAAAGUCACUCCUCCGUAUGCAUCCACUAGGUGUUGUACAAGCAAGUGCUGCCAUUCAAAGUGUUGUGCCCAAUGUCGGAAUUUUUGUUGGACCGCGCCCGAAAUGAAUAGACCCAUGUACCGUGACGACAUUUUAUUUCAAGGAUCUUUGGCUACAAUGCCAGAAUACACGUUCGCUAGAUCAAGGAUAACUAUCCCUGUGGAUGUUCCGGAUCCGUUUUCAAGAAUAUCAAGGAAUAUAAGCUACCAUAUGUCAGUUUCGAGGGUAAUUUCUCACCGAGACGUUGCACAACAAAAAAAAUGCGUUUGCUGUCCGGAAUCAGUAAUAAGAGUACUAAUCACCAUGAUCGACAUUAGGCUGUUCAAAUCUAUAGCUUUUUGUUUGCUAACUAUGAGCGGCUUCCUAACCAUGAUGGGUCUCUACGUACCGUUCCUCUUGAUAGUAGAAAGAGCACAUGAAUUACAUUUUAAAGAACCCUGGCCCACUCAGCUUUUAACGGUAAUGGGCGUUGCCAAUAUGCUAGGCAGGAUUUUUUGCGGCGCAACGUCUGUUAAUCCCGACAUUAAUCCAAUGGUGGUUACAUAUAUAACGUUAACCUUAGGCGGUAUAACAGUUCUGAUGUCGACCUUUUCACGCACGUUAAUGUCACAUGUUAUCAUGGUAAUAACGUUUGGAACAUGUGUAGCCAGUUUUAGUACACUACGUACAGUUCUGUUGGUAAACAUCGUUGGAUUGGAUAAUUUGACCAAUGGUUUCGGGAUCACUAUUCUUUUCUAUGGGUUAGCUCUACUCGUAGGGAUACCUCUGUCCGUGUUUCUACAAACGACUUACGGCACAUAUAAAUAUUGUUUUAUGCUGGCUGGCAUAUCUAUAACUCUUAGUGGACUAAUAUUGAUGCCUGUGGAUAGGAUUAAUAGAUACGAACGAAAUAAAAGAAGACCUAAAGUUUGGUUCGACAUGUAGUUAAGAAAAAAUGCAUUAGACACGAUAUCUUGCUAUCUUCAAACUCUAGAAUGAAAAUAAAUUAAUUCGUAAAAACCGUC